AUUUUAUAAUAUAAUAUUAUUAUAAAAUCACUGAAUAUAAUACAAUAUUAUGGAACUUAAACUGGUGGAAUGCUGACCGCAUACUUUGCUUUUCCUGAUGCUAAACUGUAAAAAAGUUAUUCUUUUAAAUCUGUCGGGAGGCUGAGCUUUGCCUAUGGCAAGCUGACGACGGUAAUGGUUUGUAAAUUAGGUUAAAUUCGAUUUCGUGAUGGGCUUUUCCUCCACACUACCCAUGUUGAUGUCCAUGUGUUAAUUAUAGACUAGUCAACUAUCAUCCAACUCUUUUUCUCGUCCUCCCUCCCAGUACCAGUUACAUCAUAUCCUACCUAAUUCACUUUUCUUUAAAAAAAAUUCAACGGUAAUCACUAAUUAUUCUAUUCUCAGUGCUCGCACACAGCGUAACAGCAUCACCACGAUCCCAUCCCCAAAUUUAAAUAAAUAAAAUCCCAAUCAUCACCACCAUUCAAUUCUUACCUUGCACAUAUUCAGAAGCAAACUCUACCAUAGAUUGCUCUAAUCUAAUCUCAUCUAUAUAAAGUCGGAGGUGCUUCAUUUCUUAAUGCUUGUCAGUUAACCAUUAUUAAUUAGACCAAGAAAACACUCAAGAAUUUUUUUUUUUUUUUUUUUUUAAAUGGCCGUUGCUGCUGCUGCUACUGCUUCUGCUACAGUGACUUCACGUGAAGAAGAGAAGAGUCUCCCAGACGAGCUGACUAUCCCAAUUUUACUUGCUGAUCGAGUCAUCAAAUCGGCCCAAGAGGCAGAAUCCUCCAAGCAAGAUUGUUCCGACCUCGCUAAACAAGUGGACCGCCUCUCCCAGAUGCUACGAUCCACCGUUCGUAUUGCCUCCACCACUCCUUCCUUCUACGACCGCCCUCUCCGCCGCAUCGCUUCCGACAUCUCCAAGAACAUCGAUCGUGCUCUCACCCUUGUUCGUAAGUGCAAGCACAGUGGCGUUCUCCGCCAGGUCUUCUCCAUCACCUCCACCGCUGACUUUCGCAAGCUCUCCAACCUUCUGGAGUCUUCCAUCGGCGACAUUAAAUGGUUUUUGUCGAUUUUCGAGUCCGAUGGAGGUACUUAUCUCUCUCUCCCUCCAAUUGCUAGUAAUGAUCCUAUUCUAGCUUGGGUCUGGUCUUAUAUAGCGACUAUCCAGAUGGGCCAGCCCAAAGAUCGCGUUGAUGCAGCUAAUGAGCUCGCCUCUCUAGCGCGGGAUAGCGAUAGGAACAAGAAGAUGAUUGUAGAAGAGCGAGGAGUUUUUCCCUUGUUGAAGUUGCUUAAAGAAGGACCGUCUCCUGAGGCGCAAAGUGCUGCUGCAAAUGCCCUCUUCAAUAUCGCCACUAGCCAGGAGAGAGUUAGGUUGAUAGUGGACUUGCUUGGGGUCCCGAUCAUUGUGAGUGUUUUAGGGGAUUCUCCGAUGAAGGUUCAGAUUCUGGUUGCGAAUUUAGUGUCUCGCAUGGGGGAACUGGACCCAUAUGCGCAGGAGGAGUUCAUGAGAGAGAACGUGACUCGGCCAUUGGUAUCUCUGUUAUCCAUUGGCUUGGAUUUUGACAUCAUCAAAAAUCAGUCUAGUAAAACAAGUAUUCACUCGCUUGUUCAAAUGAACAAAGAAUUAUCUUAUAAUAAUAUAAGAUACAGUAAUGGUCUUUCUUUGAAUUAUCAUUCUGAUGGCAGUGGCCAUGGUAGUUCUCACAACAGGAAGGAAAGGGAGAUGGAACUUCCAGAGGUGCAGUUUAAGCUUAAGGUUAGUUGCGCACAUGCAUUAUGGAAAUUGUCUAAAGGGAGUGUAUCCAAUAGUAGGAAGAUUACGGAGACGAAAGGCCUGCUUUGCUUGGCCAAGAUUAUUGAAAAGGAAAAAGGGGAGUUGCAAUUAAAUUGUUUGAUGACUGUUUUGGAGAUUACAGCUGUGGCAGAGUCCAAUGCUGAUCUUAGACGUGCAGCAUUUAAGACCAAUUGCCCCCCUGCUAUGGCAAUUUUGAAUCAGCUUUUAAGAGUAAUUCAGGAAGAAAGUGAUCCAAAUUUACAGAUUCCUGCUAUUAGGUCAAUUGGGUGCUUAGCUCGAACUUUCCCUGCUAGGGAGACCAGGAUAAUUGGGCCUUUGGUUGCUCAGCUUGGUAACAGCAAUGUGAAUGUUGCAACUGAAGCAGCUAUUGCCUUGGGGAAAUUUGUGUCUCCGGAUAAUUUCAAUUGCUCCCAACAUUCAAAAGCUGUUAUAGAGUUUAAUGGAGUUCAGCCUUUGAUGAAAUUGAUACGGAACGGUGAUCAAGCUCGAGUGCAUGGCCUAAUAUUAUUAUGUUACCUUGCACUGAAUGCUGGAAAUAGCAAGGCUCUUGAACAAGUGAGGGCUUUGAAUGCUCUUGAAGGAGCUGCUCGUGCUGUGACAGCUCAACAUCCUGAGUUGAGGGAUUUGUUUGCCAACGCUAUACACCAUCUCACUCUUUACCAGGCUGGAGCUCAUCCCCAUAGGCAGUCGUUUGCACCAUAAUGAAUACCACUUUUAGAGGAUUCAAGACAUUUGUACCUUCUGAUUAUUGUUGUAACAUAUCUUAUAUAACAUUGAAAAAUAAAAAUUAUGAAACAGAGGAAUAUUUUGUUGAUCAACAGAUGGUUGUUCCAAAAAACUGAAAUAAAGUUUGGCAUUGCCAAGCUUUUCAUUUUGCUA